UUGAUCGUUGUUACAGCGACCUUACGAAGCGAUCAGAAAGUCCUGAUCAGCUUUUGCUGGCCGGGCGAGGGAGUGACCGCAGGAGUAGAAGUAGGAGCAGGAGCAGGUCAAGAAGCGGAAGCAGAAGUAGGAGCAGGAGUAGGAGCAGAACUCGUGACAGAAGGCGUUCACGUUCGAGAUCAUCGAGUCGAUCCAGACAUCGUUCUCGUUCCCGUUCUCGUUCGCGUGAUCGACAACGGAGAUCGCGCUAUUCCAGAAGUCGCAGCAGAGAUCGUGACUAUAGGCGUCAUAGCCGCUCGCGAUCACGCGAUUCGCGAAAAACUCGCGCUACACCUGACAGAAGAGUCGGGACACGGAUCAUCAAAUUACAGGCAUGAGCCUGUUUCAAAGUCGAAGUCCACUAGUGCGGAUGAUUACGAUAUGCUGGAAAUAAGAUCAAGCAUGUCUGAGUCUGAAAAGGAGCGUAUUGAGAUCGAAAAUCGCAAACGACGAAUAAAUAGAACCAAGAGGAUGAAAGAGAUUGCCAGAAAAAUCAAGCUUAAAAUGAAGAAGGCCUUGCGGCAGACGGUUGAAGAGUUGAAAGAGGAACAAGAAGAGAAGAGAAAGGAAAUGGAGAAGGAAAGACGGAUACGCGAUGAAAUCUUGUAUGUGGAAGAGAUGGAACGUCGUGAAAGGGAACGUGAACGUAGGCGUGAACGAAGGAAACAAGAGGAUCAACAGUUAGAUGAAGAAAAGGAUAAGCGGAAGCGUCCCAGGCGCAGCCGAAGCCGUAGUCGCGAAAGGAAACAUGACGAUCGUUCCUUGCGAAGAACUCGUGAAUACAGAUAA